UUCCUUUCCCUUUCACCACCCCAGUUUCCCCUCUUCAUUUAAUGUCACCGUCAUUCUUUCUCUUUCUUUCAACCCGUGGACUAGACUACCGUGGCUUGGAAUGCUAUUCUUUUUCCUUUUUCGAAUCUGAACUUGAUAGAAACGUCACUUAAGCCGGGCGAAUGACCUCGACAACUAACAGUAUCAACGGCGAAGCUGCGGUCAAUCCCGUCUCCGUCGUCGGGGAUAAAGAGUCGCCUCAGGAAGACACCUAUCCUGCUCCUUACGGUCGCUCAUGCUUCAACUGCUCCCAGGCCAAAUGCAAGUGUCUCUACCUAAAGGCAGGAGGUCGAUGCCAGAGGUGUCAACGCCUAGAUAAAGAAUGUCGCCAAUCCGCCGCCAGUCGAAGGUCAACUACGCGCAAGGCUGGAAUUUCCAGCAGUUCGGCCAAAAUAUCUCGACUGGAAGACAGAUUGGAGGACCUGGUCUCGCUGCUGCGCGCAGGCGUCCAGCCGAAUAAUAUCACCACCACCACGAUGCUUGGUCUACUUGGGCAGCUCUCAGACAACCAGGCCUCGUCCAACAGCAACGCCGCAUCGCCUCCGAGCAUGUUGGACGUCCCGAGUAACGGCAGCUCCGGGCCUAGCCCAGUGUAUGUCAGUCGAAACUCUGGCGCCACUUCCACUCCCGACACCAGCAUCUCCGACAGUGGGGCUUCUCUAUCGUCGGGCGCCGCGUCCUUGAACGCCACGGAACCGUCGGGAUUGCAGGCUGAGGAGUACCUCACCUUCUUUCAGACUCAGAUGCUUCCCUAUUUCCCUUGCAUGCAUAUUCCGCCAGGUACUACAUCGCAGAAGCUUCGGCGAGACCGCCCAUUCUCGUGGCUGUGUAUCAUGGCCGUGGUGUCUCGGAGCAGUGCGCAGACUCGCCCGCUUUUCGACAGAAUCAAGCACAUCGUAUCACAAAAGUUGGUGCAUGAGUACUCAUGUCGUGAUCUUGACAUUCUUCAGGGGCUCUUGAUCUAUCUUGGAUGGUCCAACCAGCAAGUCUACAAUAGAGCCAAUGUGCAUGUUUUUACUCAGCUCGCCAACAGUAUUGUCUAUGAGAUGGGACUUUUCAAUCCUGAAGCGAAAGGAAAGCAUACGCUCUUGUGUGUACACACAGAAGCCCACGAAGACCGCGCAGCACCUCCCAGUCAGGUUAUGGAGCAACGCCGGGCUGUUCUGGGUUGUUUCUUACUCACCUCCAUCAUUGCUACCUUCCUGCAACAAAGUGACUCUCUUCGCUGGACAUCGUACAUGGACGAGUGUCUUCGCCUACUUGAGGAGCAGCAAGAGAGUAUCAACGAUGAGAUGCUGGUUCAACAAGUCAGACUACAGUUGGUCAAUGAUAAGCUAAACUUAGGGGGCUUCUUUGGAGGGUCAAAAGGGUCGAUGCGACCGUCGCCUGCGGUGUACAUUCGGCCGAUGCAGGCUCAGCUACAGACCCAACUCCAAGGGAUCAUGAGCAGAGUCCGGCCCAACUCGCAGGGCUACAUAGAAAUUCUUCUUCUACAUCACUACAAUACCUCAUUGAGCCUAUACGAGUCUGCUCUUACCAAGGGUACCAUUGCCUCCAUCACAAACGUGAGCUACGAGCAUCUCGACUAUCUCUAUGGCUGCCUUGAGGCCACCAAGUCAUGGUUCGACGUGUUCCUGAGCAUCCCAGCCGCAGAGUACAUUGGAUUUCCCUUUGCGAUAUUCUCGCAGAUGGUACAGAACCUCGUGACGCUCUAUCAGCUAUCGACCUUGGACAGCUCCGUCUGGGAUACUACGAAUGUUCGCCAAACGGCAGACAUUAUACAGAUCAUGAACAUGGUGAUCUCCAAUAUGGGGCAGGUUGCGUCGCUCAAUGGCUUCGAGGGUGAUCCUGGUGGCGACGUUUUCUCGAAUAUUGCCAAGAUGUAUCAAGGUGUGCGCGUGGGUUGGGAGACUAAGUUGAUUCCAAAUCCUCUGGGCCCGCACGCGGCGACUUCUAUUCCAUCGCUGUCAGCAAAUACGCUCUCCGCGCCGCCAGACGCCUUGUCGGCGUUGGACACAUUUCCUCUUCUAGAGGACAACGACUGGCUCGCGGAUAUGUUGAGCACGAUGGACAAGAACAACAAGGGCUUAACACCUACAAUUUCCGGUGUUCCUGACGUACCGUGA